AUGGUAGCAAGCACCUUGGAAGUUGCAACGGUUCAGCCACCUUUCCUCGAAAACAUGCGCAAAACAUCAAAUCAUUGGCACAACUGCCAAGGAAUAAUUAUUCACACCCACCUCGACUUCAUUUUCAACAUUCAGCCAUCAAACCUAACAGUUAUCGUGGUUUCUCUCAAUGGCUGUGAUGCCCUUGUUACUCGUUUGGUGGACUCUUUUAUAUUCAAUUCGGAUUUUCUUGGGCAUAUUUUAACAGUGAACCUGAAUCGUUUGUUGGCUGCUGUGAUUGAUUGGACAGGGUGCGAAACUGAGAUGAUCUCGUAUAAGAACUUGUUACAAAUGUGGAUAGACAAGCGGAGGUCAAUUGAGAUGGCCAAGCCACCAACAUGGAGGAAUUGGCGGCGGCGGAGCCCCUCCGAACCCAGUAAUCUUAUACCAUACAUUGUUCGCGUUGAACCACCUCCCAGUUCUUCAGAUGAUCUGCUUAGCUACUAUCAAACAUUUGUGCCCAAAACCACAGGAGAUGAGGGGUCUCGCAUUAUCCAUGCCUAUGAUAUUAUAUUUAAAGGUUUUGCUGCUAAAUUAUCACCUGAGGAAGUGAAGGCAAUGGAAAAGAUUCCUGGAUUCAUCUCGGCUAGAGUGUCAGGUGUCGCACACUUAUGUUCAACCCAUUCGACCCAAAAUAUGGGACUCCUGAAAGAUUCCAAUUAUGGUAAAGGUGUGAUUAUGUCAGGAUGGAAAUCAAAGUGGGAAAAUGGGGCUCAGAUCAAAACGGAAGAGGAAAAUAGAGGAGGAGAAGAAUCCAACAGCAGUGGUUGAAAUUGAAAUUGCCUGCAACGGCGUUUUACCUUAAAUAAAUUGUGUUAGUUUUUUUCCCCGUGUUCACAUUAGACUUGUUUAUAACUCGUUCAAUAUUGUUUACUCCGGAAAAGGCCCCUCAUUUUUCAUCCAUUUGUUUGAUGGUUUCCAUUACUGUUCCCUAAAUAUCUCCUUUGUAAAGUCUCUCUCUCACUUCGUUCUAUGCUUUUCGGUGUUUCUGCU